UUCCCGACGCCAGCUCAGCUGACCACAGUAGGCAGCAGGCAACAGCAACAACUGAUGAUGAUGGCAGACUCUGGAAGUCAUGAAGAAGUGGCAGUAAUCGGCAACACCGACAUUACGCCCACAGAAUCAGAGAACAACAUCAUCAACACGAAAUCGCGGAUAAAGAGGAAGGGUUCUCGAGUCUUGUGACUUACCUAUGCUUGACACAACUCUGUGAAUAGACGAUCUCUGUUAGCAGCUGCCUUUGCAUCAUGGUGGAAAAGGGGACCUCGCUGUUGAAAAAAAUAGAGAUAAAUGUAGCAGAGGCUGAGAAGAGAACCGGCAAGAACACAGUCAACAUGCAGGAAACCUAUACAGUCUACCUCAUAGAAACACGGCCAGCUGAAACAGUGGCAGACGCGUCAUCGCCCACCACACCUGACUGUCUGUGGAGAAGAUACAGUGAGUUUGAGCUGCUCAGAACAUACCUCCUGGUCACCUACCCUUACGUCAUCAUCCCUCCGCUACCGGAGAAAAGGGCGGAGUUUGUGUGGCACAAGCUGUCGGCAGACAACCUGGACCCGGACUUCGUCGAGCGGCGGCGAGUUGGCCUGGAAAACUUCCUGCUGCGUGUGAUGUCACAUCCUGUCCUUUGCAAAGACAAGAUAUUUUUUCUCUUUCUCACAGAGGAGAAAGGAUGGAGGGAUGCAGUUUUGGAGACAGGUUUCCAAGACAAGGCUGAUUCCAGGUUGAAGUCCCUGAGUGCCAUGUUUAGAGUCAAGAACCCCGAUAAGCGGUUUACAGCGCUGAAACAAUACAGCGAUGAACUGAAUGCUGUCAUCUCUCAGCUUCUCAGGGUGAGAGCGAGAGUCGCAGACAGACUGUAUGGGGUCUACAAAGUCCAUGGUAACUAUGGUCGAGUUUUCAGUGAAUGGAGCGCUAUAGAAAAAGAGAUGGGAGAUGGGCUACAGAGUGCUGGUCACCACAUGGACACCUAUGCUGCUUCAAUUGAUGACAUUUUGGAGGAAGAAGAGCACUAUGCAGACCAGCUGAAGGAAUAUCUCUUCUACACUGAAGCUGUCCGGUCAGUGUGUAGGAAACAUGAGCUGAUCCAGUACGAGUUGGAAGUAGCAGCUCAGGAUCUCGCUUAUAAGAAGCAGCAGAAAGAGGAGCUGGCCACUGGGAUGGUGCGCGUUUUCUCCCUAAAGGGAAUGACCAGUAAACUGUUUGGCCAGGAGAGCCAGGAGCAGAGGGAAAGCAGGCUGGCAGCCUUGGAGCAAAGCAUCCAGGAAGGAGAGCAAAUACUGAAAGAGAAGAACAUGGAGUGCCAAGAGUUUGUACAAACAGCCUGGGAAGAUAUCGAGCGUUUUAAGGAGCAGAAGGACAGAGAUCUGCGUGAGGCACUCAUCAGUUAUGCCAUCAUGCAAAUUAGCAUGUGUAAGAAGGGAAUCCAGGUGUGGUCCAAUGCCAAGGAGUGUUUCAACAAAAUGUGAGCCACUCUGAUGCCAAUCACAGGUCCCCCCACUUUCCACUCAAAAAAAAACAAAACAAAAAAAAAACAGACGAUGAUCCGAUGGAAUGUUCAGACUGGUUCCAGACUGGUCAGUUUAUACAUUGCAGCCUUAUGGAGGUGGACCGUGACGGCACAAAUACUUGGACUUGACUGUGUUUGACAUGCUAAUUGAAAGCUAAUAACGCACAAUUUUUGUGAAAGCUUGAAUCAUUCAAUGAUUGAUCUUCAGUUCUCAAUCAAAUCUUGUCAGCAUGAUGCAGAAUCACAUCCUGCUUGGUUGUACGGCUAACUGCAUACGCCCCACAUACGGUACUAGUAACAUGUGACUCUUCAUCCCUCCUGACCCAUAAAUAACACAAUGAAUAUUUGGAAAGAUGAAACAAAUGUUCGUUGUAGAUAACAGACUGUGGAAUGUUAUUUUCUUGCACGUGAUGCCUCAGAAGUUCCAUUUGGGGUUUUCACAUAAUAAACUGCAGUUGAGUCGAAUAAGUAAACACUUGAAAAGAAAUACUGAUUUUUGUUGCUCAACACCUGUCAUUACAUUGGCUCAGAUAAGAAGGAGUAAAAGUAAAGGACUUUUAAUAACAUGCAAAUAAAAAGCAGUGAGAGAAUGUUGGACAAUGAAAAAAGUGUCCCAUCCAUCAAAUGCCCAACUGUACAGCACAUGGUAACAAAUCAAAUCUGAAGCAGCAAACCCAUUUUGAAGCUCAACGUAUUAUUUAAAAUCGGUUUGUUCAAUGGGAGGCAUUUUUAUGUUGUUGUUAUCCUUCUCGUAAAACACUAAUAAACAUUUUUGCUGAAAACCCCCCCAAAACUAAACACCU